AUGCCAUCGAAAUUGCCAUCAUACACUGGCCCUGUUGAAGAGCAGCAGGCCGCAACCGGCCGCGCCGCGCUCCAAAGCCUGCGCGAAUACCUAGCUGAUAGAGGCGCAGCACUGCCGGAGGGAUUCGAGGCAUCUGUGCACCUGCGCAAGGAGGGCUCACCGGGGGCGGUCGACAUCUACUACUUUGACCACCUGCACACCCGCUACCGCUCCAAGCUACAGGUUGCGCGGGCGCUCGGCGUGGCAGAUUCGAGAGACAGGGACGAGGGAGCGAGUCUCCCGAGCAGCCCACGAGUCAUGGGAGUGAGCCCCUCGAGCCCGGCAGCGGCCGACGCGGCAGGCCAGCAGCUGGCCGCACACCACCUGCAGCUGCCGGCACAUGCUGAUCAGGGAGGAGAUUUUGUGGGCAGUGAGGAGGAGGUAAAGGUGAUGGAAGCGCUGAGUAAGUACCUCGCCAAACUAGGCGGCCAGCUGGAGCCCGGCUGGCGCUGCCAGGUCAGGAAGCGCGCCGGGCCGGGGAACCGAGUCGACACCUACUUCAACUCCCCCAACGGCGAAAAGUUCAGGUCGAAGACUGACGUGGCGCGUCACUUGGGCUUGGCCGUCCCGGCGGCGCGUCGGCCGGCCGGGGGCGCGGCGUCGCCCGGAGUUGAUGUAAACAUGGCGGAGGAGGACGUGGCCGCCAUGCUCAUGGCCCUGCCCCAUGGCAAACCCAUCACCGCCCGGGAGGCGGCGCGCGCGCGGAAGGUCUCGGGCGCGGUUGCCGGGGAGUGGGCCGGCCGCGCAAAAGGGCCGGGGACGCCAGACAACGCCGCUGGCCGCAGCGGCAACGGGCUGCACUCCAUCGCGGCGGCGCUCGAGGAGGCAUCGCCCUUCCAGGUCAAGCAGGAGGGGGCUGCAUACGCGGAUGACGAGCAGAUGUUUGACAGCGAUGAUGAGGACACAGACACGCGUGCAGAUGAGAAGGCGGAGCUGGCGGCGCGGCAGAUGCGGCGGCUGCGGGCGGCCGCACAUGCGCAGGGCCUCACGCUUGCGCCUGGCUGGCGCGUGGACGUCAGCAUCCGCAAGAAUGGCACCAGCAGAGGCUCCACGGAUUACUACUACCGGCUCCAGGGCGGCGGCACCUUCCGAUCGAUAACUGCCGCCAUGAAGCACCUGCUAGCCGCAGAGCAUGGUGCAGCGCCCGCGGUCGCCACCGAUGCGCCGAUGCUGAGUCCGGCAUCGGAGCCGGCCGCCGACCCGGCUUCGCCGCAGCUGCCGCAGCAGGAACGUCCCCCCAGCCCGGCCAGCGCUGCCCGGGCAGCUCCGGGCAGCCCGGCCGACAACGGCGGCCCGGCCGGGCCGAGCGCAAAGCCGAAGCCAAAGAAGUUUGGCAGCCUCACGGCGCUGUCUCAUCCCGGCCGCAGCGGCGCCGCCGUUGCGCGGCCAACGUCCCCCAGCGAUAGCGUGGCCAAGGGCAAAAACCCCGCUCCUGAGGAACCCUCUUCUGCGGCGCGGCCGACCACCAAGGCCGCGCUGGCUGCGCUCGGGCGGGACGCGACAGCCUCAGGGCACGCGCCCGAAAAGCAAGAAGCUGCGGAGGCCGAUCGAGCAGGCUUGGAAGCGGGGGCUGCUGACGCUGCUGCUGAGAGCAACAUGCCGGGCCCCAGUGGAAUGGGAUCGGUUGACGAGGCUGGUGCGGCUGUGGAAGGGAACGCCAGCGAACCUGAUCAAGCCGGCCACAAUGAGUCUAAUGCGCGCAUGAGGCAGCGAAAGCCGAACAGGAAUGCGAUGGCGCCGAAAGACGAGCCUGCUGAGAAAACCGGCCCGGCGCCGGCCGCGCGCAAACGGCGCACCGUCAACCGCGGCCGCGUGGAUUACGCAACUGUGGCGGCCAUGGCCGAUCUGCAGUAUGCCAUCAGCAAUGAGGAUCGAAGGGCCACUCUGAGGAAGCGCAACGCGGCCAAGUCAGGCACACCUGAGGCAACCGCCACAAACCCACCGAGCACAGGUGUGGACAAGGACGCGGCACAGAGCACAGCAGAGGGGAGCGAGCCGGCAAAGGGCCGCAGCCAGGGGGCGUCGGGGGCGGCGGGCAAGGGUGAGGAAGGCGAGCAGAAGCCCAAGAAGGCAGAGAGGAAGCGUGAGCGAGUGGUCACGCCCUACACCAAACUGGUCAAUCGAGUCCGCGGCCUCAUCUCACGCAUAAGGGUGGAGGAGGCAUAUCUGGAUGCGUAUGAGGGGGAGGGAUGGCGUGGCGCCAAUCGGGAGAAGCUGCGGCCCACGGCCGAACUGGAGCAGGCGAGGCUGCAGAUUGAGAAGUGCAAGCUGGGGAUGCGGGAGGCGGUGAAGGAGUGCGAGGAGAGCGGCGGAGACCGCGCCAUCCCGCCCGAGCACAUCGACGAGGACGGCGAAAUCGACGAGGCCCACAUCUUCUGCGGCCACUGCCACGACCCUGAAUCCUAUGAGGACAACGACAUAAUCCUGUGCGAUGGCAACUGCCACCGCGCGUACCAUGAGAAGUGCCUGGUCCCCCCGCUCGACUCCUCCACGCUGCCAGAGGACGAGGGCUGGCUCUGCCCCGCCUGCGACGCCAAGGCGGACAUCCUGACAAUGAUCAACGAGGAGUACGGGUUCGAGUACGAGCAGGAGACCCCCUGGCACGCCGUCUUUGCCGAGGCCCCGAUGUCGCCGCGCGCCGCGGCUGACGGCGCAGCCGCCGCCCCCGUCACAUUCAAGACGCUCGCGGAUUUCCUCGCGCACGCCGACCUGCCGGACUCCGACGCGGACGACUCCAGCUUCAAGGACGAGAGCGGAUCUGAUGGCGAGGAAGGAGAAGAGGCACAUGGCGGCGGCAGCGGCAGCGAUGGGGAAUCUGAGUCGGGCAGCGAGGCAGACAGCGUUGACAGCGAGGCGUCUGAGGGCAGCUCCGUCGAAAGCAUGGCCUCUGAAGAGCGCAAGGGGCUCCAGGCAGAGGAGGCAGCAGCAGGGGAGGGCAGGCCACAACGCAAGCUGCGGUCGGCCGGCAAACGUGCGCGGGGGAACGCUGACGAGGUUGCUGAUGUGGACGCUGACAUGGGCGCUGAUGUGGACGAUGAUGACGAGGAGGAAAGUCUGGUGCUGUCUGGCAAGCGCGCGCGCACCACUGUCGACUACAGGAAGCUGAACAUGGAGAUGUUUGGCGACUUUGAGAGCUACGAGGGAGAGACACUCAGCGACGAGGACUUCACUCCUCGCGAGGCCGAAGCAGAAGCAGCUGCAGCCUCUCCUGCCUCUCCCUAG